AUAUAUUUGACAUUCCAUUGUUAGUGAGGUUGCUAAUGCUACCUAUACAACUAAUUUGGUUCCAAUGGAAGCAAAAGCUCACAUAGCAAUUGUCUCUAUCCCUGUCUUUACUCAUCAAGUUUCAAUACUUGAGUUUGCUAAACAACUUAUUCAUCUCUACAAAAACACUUUCCAUGUUACAUGCAUCAUUCCCACAAUAAGUGAUUCUCCAUCCAUUGCAUCCAAACACUUCUUUGGUACCCUCCCUUCUAACAUACAAUGCAUUUUUCUUCCUCCUACUAACUUUGAGGAUCUAAGGAAUGAUCUUACACUUGAAUCUCAAAUUCAAAUAUCAGUUUCUAGAUCUAUGCCUUUAGUGUGUGAAACAUUAAAGUCAAUUAGUACUAGCUCUAAUGUGGUUGCUAUAAUUGUUGAUACUUUUGCAUAUGAAGCACAUCAAUUUGCUAAGGAUUUGAAUAUAUUAUCCUAUAGAUACUUUCCUUGUUCAGCAAUGGUAUUGUCAAUGUGCCUAUACUCCUCAAAGCUGGAUGAAUCAAUUACUUGUGAGUAUAAAGAUCAUCCAAAUCCAAUAGAGAUUCCAGGUUGCAUAUCUGUACAAGGCACAGAUCUCCCAGACAGUUUUCAAAAUAAAUCAAGUUUAGCAUACAAGUUAUUUCUUCACCGCUCCCAACAACUUUGUGAAGCUGAUGGGAUCAUAAUCAAUAGCUUCGUUGAAAUGGAAUCAGAAACAUUGAAAGCAAUAUCCCAAAAAUAUCUAUGUGGCACUACACCUAAUGUAUAUCCAAUUGGACCUAUCGUACAAACAAGGCCCAAUAUUCAGAAAAAUGCAUGUGAAUGUUUACUAUGGUUAGAUAAUCAGCCACCUAAUUCAGUUAUCUACAUUUCCUUUGGAAGUGGUGGCACACUUUCACAUGAACAAAUUAAUGAACUUGCUUUGGGAUUGGAAUUGAGUAACCAUAAAUUUUUAUGGGUUAAUGUGAGAGCACCAAGUGAUAAAGCAAGUGCUAAUUACCUAAGUAAUAAUGAAGUGGACCCUUUAAAUUAUUUACCUUUGGGCUUUAUAGAAAGAACAAAAGGACAAGGUUUUGUUAUGUGUGGUUGGGCACCACAAGUUGAAGUGCUUAAACACAAUGCAAUUGGUGCAUUUCUAACUCAUUGUGGUUGGAAUUCAAUUUUGGAGAGUAUUGUUCAUGGUGUGCCUAUGAUAGCUUGGCCAUUAUUUGCUGAACAAAGAAGCAAUGCUGCAUUGGUGACUAAUGGUCUCAAAGUUGCUAUGAGACCAAAAUGUAAUAGCAAAGGCAUAGUGGUAAAGGAGGAAGUGGCUAAUAUCAUAAAGGGUGUCAUGGAGGGUUUGAAGAGUGAAGAAAUUGGAAAAAGAAUGAAAGAACUACAAAAGUUUGCUAAUUGUGCUAUGAUGGAAAAUGGGUCAUCCAUGAAGACAUUCUCUAUGUUAGCACUCAAAUGGAAGAGAUUGGGAAGGCCCAUAGAAGUUGAAAGAUGGGCUUGAUGUUCUUUUUUUACAACAAAAAAUGUUUCAAAAGCAUCACAUGAUAUGAUAAACCAAGACAUUUCAACUAAUAGGCAUAAUGUGGGAAAAAAUUUCUACCCACCCACGUCCUGAAUUUCUGUUUUCGCACAGAAAAUUCAGAAAAUAUUUUUCGAAUUUUUUUAGUGUAAAUUUUGCCCACCCACCCCUUGAAUUUCUGCUUUUGCAUAUAAAAAUUCAGAAAACGUUUUUCGAAUUUUUUUUAGUGUAAAUUUCACUGAAAUUUACACUAGAAAAACACUUUGAAAUGUAUUUUCCGAAAUUUUUUAUGUGCUAGGGGUGAAAAAGAAACAUGAGGGUGGGUUGAGAAUUUUUCAUAAUGUGGUAUAAUAAAAAAAAUUUAGGAGAAAUGAAACAUGGUUAAGCUUGGGAAGGCCAUAGAAGAAUGAUGGAGAAGCAUAGUGUGGUUCAAAUAAGUUUUGGUCAAUAGACUAAUUUUUAUUUGUAUAA